UUUGCAGCGGCGGCGAGCAGGGCUGCUGGCGACUAGCUGUGAGGCAGGCGUAGCACACGGGUGGAAGAUAGCUUGUGCCAUACUCGCAGUGUGUGUGCAGGAAGUCACCUGUCUUCUAAGCCACCACUCCAGACCUCAGCAAGCAACACCCUGGUCAGGGCUCUGUGACCAAGCUGUAGCAUAGUUUUGGGAAGGAAGAUUUUGGAAACCUGCAUUCCCCCUCCCCGCUUUCCAAAGUGUCUGGACCUGUUAUUGAAGGACCUCUCUUGCCUGUGUGUGGUUCGCCUCCUCACUCAGUAAGACUGGCACCAGCAGAGAUGCAGACACAGAGGGUGCCAGGGAGGAAACGUGGCCGGCCUCCACUUCACUCCACACGGGUGCAGAUGGCCGUCCAUAACCUCUAUUCUGCUUCUCCUGCCUCUGUGCCGGCAGUGACAAUCCCGAAGAAGAGAGGACGGAAGCCCAGGUACAAGAUCAAGUCUCCAGUGCUUAUGACUCCCUUGGCCCUGUCACCUCCACGGAGUACCCCGGAACCCGAUCUCAGCUCCAUCCCUCAGGAUGCAGCCACCAUUCCCAGCCUGGUGGUCCCAGAGGCUCUCACAGUAUGCCUCUACAUAAACAAACAGGCCGAUGCGGGGCCGUACCUGGAGAGAAGGAAGCUACAGCAGCUUCCGGAGUGCCUGGGACCCGAGCGGCCCGCCACCGUCCUGCAGCAGGCGGUGCAAGCAUGCAUCGAUUGUGCACACCAGCCGAGGCUGGUCUUCUCCCUCGUCAAGCAGGGAUACCGAGGCGAGCUGGUGUCAGUCUCUGCUUCCUUCGAUGGAAAGCAGCACUUGAGGAGUCUGCCUGUGGUGAACAGUGUGGGCUACGUCCUCCGCUUCCUGACCAAACUGUGCCGCAGCCUCCUGUGUGACAACCUCUUCAGCCACCUGCCUUUUCCCGGGAGCAUCGGUGCCUCUGACAAGGCACAGGAGAGAGAGGAUGGGAGGACUGAGUCAGCCAAGGUAGCCACUGCUGAAGAGUGUCUGGCAAAUGCAGUGGGCAUGAACCGCUACGCCAUGGACUUUAGCCACAGGGGCUCCGUAACCCACUCCUCCUCACUGUACAAGAGGCUGACCUGUGGAGACAGCCACCUUGCCGGAGGCCCUGCCACCACCACCAGUGGUUCCCGCACUAACCCUGUUCCCUCUGGAGGUUCAUCGUCAGCUGGACUGAGGCUCCCGGCCUCCAGCCCCAAGAGGAAUGGAACAGCCAUCGAAGGAAACAGAUGUGCCCCGAGCCCCUCUCCAGAGGUACAGGAUACCAGGCGACCAAGCAGCAGAAACCCUUCUACCUGGACCGUGGAGGACGUGGUCUGGUUUGUGAAAGAUGCUGAUCCUGAGGCUCUGGGACCUCAUGUGGAGCUCUUCAGAAAGCACGAGAUUGAUGGCAAUGCCUUGUUGCUGCUGAGGAGCGACAUGAUCAUGAAGUACCUGGGACUGAAGCUGGGACCCGCACUGAAACUCUGCUAUCACAUUGACAAGCUAAAGCAAGCUAAGUUCUAAAGAGUUGGAAACAAAGCCCCACAUCUCCAGGUUACUUCUGCCAAACCAGCAUCCGGCCAACAUCAUGAGUAGACUGUCCUCUUAAACGUCGCAGUCACAAGGACUGUGUCUUCUUAUAGAACGUGUGCAUCCUUGCCUUUUCUAAUAUUCCUCGUGGCCACCUUUCAGACACUCAACCGUGUGCUAGACUUGUCAGAAAAAUCACAAAAAGCCUAUUACAGUGUUCCUGUCGUGUUGGUCACUCUUUACGGGUGCUAUUUGUGGAUAACUGAAUGCUGUCACACAAGGAGAGCCCUGGAGGGGGCUCACAAAGUCCCUGCAGGGGCUGUGGGGACGCCCCCAGUGGCGGUGGCAACCGCUCCCUGUUCUUGGGAGCGAUCAGCACGAGUUUCACUGGACUCAGCUCUGGAAAUUGUCUUCUGAUGACCACCGCGCCUUGCACUAUCUGGAAAACUUGAAUUUUUGUUGCUGGGUUUUUGUCCAUUUGUUUGUUUUUGUUUUUUUCCAGCUCUCGAAGAGAAAAGGGAAAGGAUGUUUUGGAGCCCUAGCUACUGAAGUCCUUCCUUGCUCCACUAGAGGGCAGACUGCUAACGAGGUUUCGGGAUGCACAGACUGCGUGGCUGGGGUAGGGUUUUUUAUAAGCAAGACCUCGCUUGCACAGGGACAGGGGAUGAAGUCCACACUGAGCACCCCAGAUUGCCACUUGGGAAGAAAUCAGGCUAUGUCGGGCCGGGUCCAGCUCAUACCCAUUACUUACUGACUUACUCGGUACAAAUUCGGAAGCAACCAUCUGCCUAAACAAAGACUGGUGUCCCUUCCCUCCCAGAGUCUCACUGAGGCUCAGAUAUGAUGGCAUGCUGAAGAAUCUUGGUGACAUUUAGCUAUGGGUAUUUCUUGAAAAAAAGGCGGGGGGCGGGAACUGUCUGGACAAAGUUUGAAAUAGGAUUGCUGAUUUCUA